GUCUUAUUCUCCACGAAACAGCUGAGGGCGAUUGCCAAUCGUAUAUGAAGACUGCGCGUCUGCUUGAAAUUUCAGGUUUGUCCUUCCACCCUCGCCCUUUCUUGUCUUCACCUUCCUUUGCUUCUGCAGCGUUUCCAGUGCCAGCAUCGGUCCGGCGCCAUAUCGAACUUGAUCCUCAAGCCUUGACGCAACAGUGAAUAACUUUCAACAUGAACGGUGCAACGAAGACCGGCGCAGCGCGCUUCGAUCCCAACUUCACUCAGCAUGUCAUUGAUGCCAUGGGACCCAAGACAUCUCCCAGGAUGCGUGAAGUCAUGACUAGUUUGACAAGGCACCUGCACGACUUUGCCCGUGAGGUUGAGCUGACGGUGGAUGAAUGGAUGGAAGGUGUGGAGCUUCUCAACUGGGCCGGCCAGAUGAGCAAUGAAAAAAGGAACGAGGGCCAGCUAGUGUGCGACGUGGUGGGUCUGGAAUCACUCGUAGACGAGAUCACCUACAAGAAGGCAUCCGAAGCCGCCGACAUGGCCACGCAGAGCGCUAUCCUCGGCCCGUUUUUCAGACACGAUCAUCCGAUUCGAGAGAAGGGUGCAACCAUCUCCUUCAACACCCCAGAAGAUGCCACUCCCGUGUAUAUGUAUGGCCAAGUGAUGGAUGCAAAGACCAAAAAGCCUUUGGCGAAUGCCACAAUUGAUGUCUGGGAGGCUUCCACAAACGGACUGUAUGAACAACAGGACGAGAACCAGGUAGAUUCCAACCUCCGAGGGAAAUUCAAGACCGAUGAGAAUGGCGAAUAUGCCUUUUACUGCCUGCGGCCGACACCUUAUCCCAUACCCUAUGACGGACCGGCAGGCAAACUGCUGCAGCUUCUUGACAGACACCCUUACCGACCAGCACAUAUUCAUCUGAUUGUUUUGAUUGAAGGCUACAAGCCAAUCACAACGCAGAUUUUCGACAAAGACAGCAAGUAUCUCGACGACGACUCGGUUUUUGCUGUCAAGGACUCCUUGAUAGUCGAAUUUGUGCCUCGAAAAGGCGACUCCAAGGCCAAUUUUGAAUUGAGAUAUGAUAUCCUAAUGGCUCCCAUCGGCGAAAAAGGAGAAUCCGGUCCCGAGAACGGACUGUCAACUGUGGGACAACCACAAUACUGACACGGGCCUGAACAAGGAGAUUGUUGUAUUGUCUUGUAUACUUUAGCGAAUUCACCUUGAUUGUGUUCAUGAUGCGUGUGCUAUACGUAGAAUACCGGUCGGUUGUAUCCAGCACAUAAACCGCG